AAAAUUAAUUUUAUAUUUUAAAUAAUGACCAAAGAGGACAAUUUAUCGUUGGUUAUCCACAAAAAGGGUGACUUGCGUUUAGAGCAGACACCCAUACCUACUGAACUGGGACCCGAUGAGGUAUUAUGUAAAACCCAUUCGUGCGGUAUAUGCGGCACUGAUAUUCACUAUUGGAUGCACGGCUAUAUGAGCAGCUUUGUGGUCACCGAUCCGCUAAUACUCGGCCACGAAGUCAGCGCACUGGUAGACAAAGUCGGUUCAAAUGUUAAACAUUUGAAACCGGGCGACAAAGUGGCCAUCGAGCCGUCGCUGCCCUGUCGUAUGUGCCAUAACUGCAAGACCGGUAUGUAUAAUCACUGUCCGCUGUCCAACAAACAAGUCAAGGGGUCGCCAAACUUUCACGGAAUGUUGACCAGAAAGUUUACGCACCCGGCCGAUUUUUGUUUCAAACUACCCGACAAUGUUACCUACGAAGAGGGAGCUAUGGUUGAACCGUUGGCCGUAGCCGUACACGCCGUACGUCGCGUUAAUCUAACACUUGGCCAGACAGUGCUCGUAUGCGGCGCCGGUACUAUGGGUAUGAUGUGUUUGGCUGCGGCCAAAGCGCACGGUGCCUCCAAAGUCAUUAUGACUGACAUCAAUCAGUUCCGACUGAAUGUGGCCAAAGAGAUGGGCGCCGACGAGACAAUACUCAUCAAUCUGAAGACAUUCAGUGUCGAGGAUGUAGUAGCACAGGUCAAACAGUCGAUCGGAAACAAUGGUGAGGAUGGAGGACAGGGAGGAGUCGACAUUACGUUUGAGUGUACUGGUAACGAGGGCAGUACCAAAGUGGCCAUAUAUUCGACUAACAAYGGCGGCAAAGUGGCACUGGUAGGUCUCGGACCGCUUGAAGUCAAGGCACCGCUAGUUAAUGCCUCGCUCCGGGAGGUAGACAUCAUWGGAGUGUGUCGUUUUAGAAAUUGUUAUCCAAUGGCUAUCUAUUUGUUGGAAACGGGAAAAGUAAAUCUCAAACCACUGGUCACUCAUAAGUACCGAUUGGAGCAAUCAUUGGACGCCUUCAAGAAAAUGAUAGAACCGGACAAUAAUGCCAUCAAAGUGUUGAUCCAAUGUAACCAAGAUUUUUAAAUAACAACAAUAAUAAUACCGAAAUAAAUAAUAAUUAUAAAAAAAACAAAACAAAAAUAUAUGUAUAAAAAAAUUAA